UGCCAAAGAUGGCGGAGCACGAGCCGAUGGCGCUGGCGAUGAGGCUGAGAAAUCAGUUACAGUCAGUUUACAGCCUCGACCCUUUGCGAAACGAGGAAGAAGUCAAAGUUAAAAUCAAGGACUUGAAUGAGCAUAUUGUGUGCAUUCUGUGUGCUGGUUACUUCAUCGAUGCCACAACCAUCACGGAAUGCCUACAUACAUUUUGCAAAAGCUGCAUUGUUAAGUACCUCCAAACCAGCAAAUAUUGCCCCAUGUGCAAUAUAAAAAUCCAUGAGACGCAGCCACUACUCAAUCUGAAGCUGGAUCGGGUCAUGCAAGAAAUUGUCUAUAAACUGGUACCAGGACUGCAAGAGAACGAAGACAGACGUAUCAAGGAAUUCUACCAGUCUCGAGGCCUGGAACGAGUUGUUCAAACAUCCAGUGAAGAUGGAGUACCAGACAGCGCCGGACUGGGGUACACCAGCUACGACCAUUCGAAAGCCCACUACUACAGAAAUGAUGAACAGGUCUCCCUCUGUUUGGAAAGACAAAGUUCGACAACUUCAUUGUCCGGGAAAGAUAAAAUCCGACUAAUACAACAGAAGUUUGUGCGGUGCUCAGCGAGGGCAGAGGUUCGCCACUUGAGGCGGGUCCUAGGUCACCGGCUGAGGGUGGAGAAGAACCAGGUUCAGAUGCUGUUUAACAAUGAAUCUUUGCCAGACCACAUGACCAUGAAACAACUCUGGCUCUCACACUGGUUUGGCAAGGCACAGCCUCUUGUUCUGCACUACACAGUCAAGGACAAGUGUGCAAGAUAAAACGAACAUCCCCUCGCAGCAGCAUGUUUGAUGGAUAUUUCAGAGGCUUUGGUUAUCUUUUGUAUAUACUUUAUAUUUUAAAUAUUCUAUUUUAUUAUGCCUUUCUGUACAUAAAAAUACUUAUUUUGUUUGCUUUUCUUCUAUAUUUAUAAAAUAAAAUUUUGU